AUGACUCUGUACGAAUUGGUGAACGUGCGUGGAUACAGCGAAUUCACCCAGGCUGUAGCAGACAGGCCGGGCAAGAAUAUUUUUGCUUACUUCUGUGGCGACAAAGAUGAGUACGGCAAGAGCUGGUGUCCAGACUGUGUCAAAGCUGAGCCCAUUUUAAAAGGAGCAAUGAGUGCCCUUCCCCAAGACUCGGUCUUCAUCUACUGUCAAGUUGGUGAAAGGAACUACUGGAAGGACCCAAGCAAUGAGUUCAAGACGACGCUGAAGCUGACUGGAGUGCCCACUCUCCUGCGAUAUGGCACCUCCGAGAAGCUGGUGGAGGAGCAAUGCCUCAAAGAGGAUCUGCUGAGGAUGAUGUUCACUGAAGCUGACGACUGA